GCCAAUGUCUACUUUUUUGCCUCUCCGCCUCAUGUUGCUUCGGUGAACAAGUCUCGAGGCAUCUAUCACGAUUCUGUCAACUGGCCUAGGCAUGGAGUCAUUGAUGUGAAGGCUUCAUUUCUGAUCGCUACCUCGGCCAGGCCACUGGUGGAGAGGGCCACUGGCGAGUAUGACUCAUCUGCACUCUUGGUUCUCAUCAGCCAAUCAAAUUUCGCCAUUGCAUCGAGCCCACCUCUGGACCUAUCAAAUCGGGCCCUUUUUAACCAAUCAGGAUCUGGAAUUCAAAUUGCCUCCGUUCGCCACGACUGCCCUCUUUGA